AUGGCCACAUUCAUUCUCAUUGCAAUGAUCUUUUUAAUAAACAUUCUCAAUUUUCGUAUAGCUAAUUUACCAUCAUAUAAUCGAUUAUGUUGGCUAUCCAUACAUCGUUGGAUUGCUCGAUUACAAUGGUCAAAUAAGGAACGAAAAAAACACCGCAAUAGAUUUCCUUUACGAUAUUCACUUAAACCACGACUAUUUCUACAGACAAUGACCAGAAAUCAAUUUGGUUUUACUUGUGGUCAAAUGUUUUUCAUAUCUAAAUUCAAAUACAUUCAAAUGUUUAUUAUGAAUUUUCAUAUGGCCAUUAAAUUUUAUAAAAAAAUUUGCUUAUCACAAACCGAAUAA